CACAGAAGCUCAUCUGUUGGGAAGUCGGGAGGAGAACGAACUGUAAAAACCGGAGCCAAGUAGAGACUGCUAUUAAGCCCCCUUAUAAGUCAACCGUCCAUAGGAGAAAGGGACCGCAACUUGUUUAACGUCAUUUCUUUUUCUCUUUAAAAAGAAGUAGCUAACGGUAGCUCAGUUAGCUAUAUUUAAGGGACACUAUUUGGUCUCGCUUCACAAAUAAGGAUAAGACAGGUUGCUGCUGGCUGGCUUUCUCAAGUAGCUUUUCCCUCGGCUAACCUGCUAACGUUAGUUUGCGAGAAGAAAAGGAGGCAAGAAAAUGGAGUUGGACGAUGGAGUUCUCUACCAGGACGACUCUGGUAGUUCGGCGAUGAUGUCCGAACGGGUGUCGGGUCUGGCGAGUUCCAUUUACCGGGAGUUUGAACGGUUGAUCGGUCAGUACGACGAGGACGUUGUGAAAGAACUCAUGCCGCUCGUCGUCGCGGUGUUGGAGAACUUGGACGCGGUGUUCGCGGAGAACCAGGAGCACGAAGUCGAGUUGGAGCUCCUAAAAGAAGACAACGAACAACUUGUUACCCAGUAUGAACGGGAGAAAUCGCUCAGAAAAUCUGCAGAAGAGAGGUACAUGGUGUUUGAGGACAGUCAGGAGACGGAGAAGAAGGACCUUCAGAGUCGACUGGUCAUGCUGGAGUCACAAACACGUCAAAUGGAGCUCAAGACCAGGAACUACUCGGACCAGAUUGGCAGAUUGGAGGAACGAGAAGCCGAGCUGAAGAAAGAGUACAAUGCCCUCCACCAGAGACACACAGAGAUGAUCCACAGCUACAUGGAGCACUUGGAACGUACCAAACACCAGCAGCACGCGGCGGUGCAGGAGGUGCCUACAGACACAAGCACAGGCAGAUCCCGGAAGGAGCGUCCCAUCUCAAUGGGGUUAUUCCCAUUACCAGGAUAUGAUUUGACCAGUGACUCGCAGAGGGAAGCUGUUGAAACGCCGUCUGAAGCCUGGAGAUGUAAGGACUUGAGCCACGCUCGCUCCAACACCAGCCUCAAGUUGGGGGCGCCAGACUCCCAGAGCAGAGGGCAGAGGCUUUCGGCCAAUCAGCAGGCUGAACAGAACCAGGAUGAGAUGUCUAAUGCGAACAGUGGAGACUCCAAGUCCAACACGCCCAUGUCUCGUAAAGGGGGCUCCAAGUCAGGGACCUCCAUGUCUAGCCAUGGUGGAGGCUCCAACUCGGGGACCCCAUUUGGGGCUCCCACUCAAGGAGGAGGUUCCAAAAUGUCCUCACAACAAGGUGGCUCUAAAUCAGGCACCCCCAUGUCUUCUCAAGGAGGGGACUCAAAGUCGGUUACCCCAAUGUCCACGCAAAACGGGGGCUCUAAUUUGGUCAUUCCGCUGGCUUCUCAAGGGGGUGGGUCUAUGUCGGCCAGUCCCAUGUCUACUUCCGAGUCUGACGUUUCCAUGGCAUCGGUGAGCACGCCACUCCAGGAAGAGUUUGAGGAAGUGGGCAAGGGUCUGAACAGGAACCUGGACAGAAGCAACAGGAAGCCAGAGAACAUCAGCAGUAAGAACACCACAGUACCAGAGGGUCAGGAGGGUCCAGAAAGACAGAACUUAGAACUGAGAGGAGGGUCCGGACCUCUCAUGGGCACAGCAGAUGAUAACAGUGAGUCAUUGGAGGUGCAGGCCAUCAUAGAGUCCACUCCUGAACUGGACAUGGACCUUAGCGGCUACAGAGACGCCAGUACUCCUACUAAAGGAGUAGGUAUAGAAAACAUGGCGUUCGACAGGAACACUGAGUCUCUGUUUGCGGAGCUGUCCUCGGCAGGACCCGACACGGAAAUAGACAUAGCAGACAUGGACGAGGGGGCCGACUUACUGGGUAUGGGUCGUGAAGUGGAGCAUCUCAUCCAUGAGAACACUCAGCUGCUGGAGACCAAAAAUGCAUUGAACCUGGUGAAGAAUGACCUGAUGGCGCGUGUGGAUGAGCUGUCGUGUGAGAAGGAGGUGCUCCAGGGAGAGCUGGAGGCUGUGACUCAGGCCAAGACCAGACUGGAGGAGAAGAGCAAGGAACUGGAGGAGGAACUCAAGAAGGUUCGGGCUGAGGCGGAGGAGGCCAAAACAAAGACGAAGAGUGAGAACAAUGAGGAAGAUGCGGAUGUUCCCACGGCCCAGAGGAAGAGGUUCACCAGGGUAGAGAUGGCCAGAGUCCUGAUGGAGAGGAACCAGUACAAGGAGAGACUGAUGGAGCUACAGGAAGCUGUACGAUGGACAGAGAUGAUACGAGCAUCGAGAGAGAAUCCAGCCACCGCAGACAAGAAGAAAUCCAGCAUCUGGCAGUUUUUCAGUCGGUUGUUCAGUUCGAGUGGAGGAGCUGCUAAGAAGCCUGCGGAGGCUGCGCCAGUGAAUGUGAAGUACAACGCCCCCUCCUCCCAGGUCCAGCCCUCUGUGAAGAAGAGGAGCGCAGCUCUGCAACAGCUACCCAGCGACAAGAGCAAGGCUUUUGACUUCCUCAAUGAGGAGUCUGAGUCAGGCAACAUGGUGUCUCGCAGGGAGCAGAAGAGAGCCCAGUACAGACAGGUGAAAGCCCACGUUCAGAAGGAGGACGACGGCAGGGUACAGGCCUACGGGUGGAGCCUGCCGCAGAAAUUCAAGGUGGCCAACGGUGGUCAGACGUUAGAGAACAAGAUGAAGAAUCUACCUGUACCGGUCUACCUCCGACCACUGGAUGAGAAAGAUGCUACCAUGAAGUUGUGGUGUGCUGCGGGUGUGAACCUAUCGGGGGGUAAGACUCGUGACGGCGGGUCUAUAGUAGGAGCCAGUGUGUUCUACAAUGACCUCACCAGCCCUGGUCCUGAGAGCCCUCUCAGGAAGACAGGAUCACAGAGCAGUCUGGACAAACUGGACCAGGACCUAAAGGUACAAGGGAAGGAGCUGCUCCACCAGGAGGAGCUGUCCUCUCUGGUGUGGAUCUGUACCAGUACUCAGGCCACCACUAAGGUCAUCGUCAUCGAUGCCAACCAGCCUGGGAACGUCCUGGAGAACUUCUUUGUCUGCAACUCCCAUGUCCUCUGCAUCGCCAGUGUGCCAGGUGCCAGAGAGACAGACUAUCCGGCAGGGGAGGAGGUGCCCCAUGACGCGGGGUCGGGUGCUGAGGGCGGGACUCUGCAAGCCAGCACAACCAGUAGUUGCUCAAUGGGCGAAGCUGGAGUGCUGGCAGGGAUCAAUGUGGUUGGCUGCUCUACAGAGGGGGCAGUGGCUACCCCCCAGACAGCAGGAGCAGAGAAUGACACCGACACAGGUAAGAUUAGUACACACGCCAAGGCAGCAGAGGAGGCUACUGAAGCUACAGAGGCCAGUGCGGGUCCUGCAGGUCCGGAGCAUGACUUAAGUCAGAGGGGAGUCUACACUGAACAUGUCUUCACUGACCCUCUGGGAGUACAGAGCACUAGUCCUGGGGAGACGCCAGCCAACUACACACAGAGGGAGUCUGAUCUGGUAAAGGAUGGUGUUAGCUCCAACCCUAACCCAGAGGAACAGGACCUGAUGAGAGAAGAAGCCCAGAAGAUGAGCAGUGUUUUACCCACCAUGUGGCUUGGGGCACAGAACGGAUGUGUGUACGUGCACUCGUCAGUGGCCCAGUGGAGGAAGUGUCUACACUCUAUAAAGCUGAAGGACUCUAUCCUGGGCAUUGUCCAUGUGAAGGGUAGAGUGUUGGUGGCUCUGGCUGAUGGAACACUGGCUAUUUUCCACAGAGGAGUGGAUGGUCAGUGGGACCUGACUAACUACCACCUGUUAGACCUGGGCAGACCCCACCACUCUGUCCGCUGUAUGACCGUGGUGCACGACAAGGUCUGGUGUGGCUACAGGAACAAGAUCUAUGUGGUCCAGCCCAAAGCCAUGAAGAUAGAGAAGUCGUUUGAUGCCCACCCCCGUAAGGAGAGCCAGGUGAGACAGCUGGCGGGGGAAGGAGAUGGUAUCUGGGUGUCUAUCCGACUGGACUCUACUCUGAGACUGUUCCAUUCCCACACACACCAACACCUGCAGGAUGUUGACAUAGAGCCCUACGUCAGCAAGAUGCUGGGUACGGGGAAGCUGGGCUUCUCCUUUGUCAGGAUCACAGCUCUCACGGUGUCCUGUAACCGUCUUUGGGUCGGCACUGGCAAUGGAGUCAUCAUCUCUAUACCUCUCACUGACACCAAUAAGGUGAUGGCAGGGCCAGGUAAACCUGGCGGAGUGAUCCGUGUGUAUGGUGAUGAGAACAGUGACAAGGUGACGGCUGGAACCUUCGUACCCUUCUGCUCCAUGGCGCACGCUCAGCUCUGUUUCCAUGGUCACCGAGACGCAGUCAAGUUCUUCACCGCUGUCCCAGGUCAGGUGAUCCCGUCAGGUGUAGGCGGAGCAGCGGAGGCGGGGGGAGACAACGGGGCAGAGGAGCACCCUCAAAAGCAGUUGGGCAAGUCUGUUCUGGUGAUGAGUGGAGGAGAGGGAUACAUCGACUUCAGGAUGGGUGACGACACUGAAGAGCCACUGGACGAACCCACUCUGAAGCUGCAGCCGUUCCUGGCCAAAGCUGAGAGGAGUCACCUGAUCGUCUGGCAGGUCAUGGACAGCCAGGACUGAACUUUAACCCCUGACCUCUGACCAUGCCACGGUGAUGAGGAGCCUAUUUAAAGCAGGAACAAGCUGUCCAAUCAGAUUCACUCUUCUGCAUGUUUAUUUUUGUUUAUUUAUUUUCUUCUAAUUUUGGUUUUGUAUCUUUUUGUUUUUAUAAAAAAAAAUGUAUUAAAUGUUUUAUUUUACUGAUUGUAUUGUAUUUUAAAUCUGAUACAAGCCUGUCGCGAUUCUAUUAUUAUUAUUAUUAUUAUUAUUAUUACAAGAAUGAUGAUUUUUAGUGAAAACCAAAAAAAAUGGUAAUUUAAUUUUCUUAGAUCAUAUUUUGCACCUGGUUUUCUAUUGGAAGCUUAGAGUCCAACCCCUCUGUCCAGAUACUGUGUGGUGAUUGGAAUAUUUUUUUUUUUUUACCUUUGAUUUAACUAGGCAAGUCAGUUAAGAACACAUUUUUAUUUUCAAUGACGGCCUAGGAACAGUGGGUUAACUGCCUUGUUCAGGGGCAGAAUGACAGAUUUAUACCUUGUCAGCUCGGGGAUUCGAUCUUGCAACCUUUACGGUUACUAGUCCAACACUCUAACCACUAGGCUACGCUGCCGCCCCAUGCAGGGGCAGGGUGUGUCUUUGGCUUUCUCCGCUGUGCUUUCUUUCAGAUAGACAGAGAGGAGACAAUACUGUAUAAGAGACCUGCUCACAGGAGAAUAAUGAUGGUUUAUUGGUUAUGAUGUGUUUUGAAAUGCAAAACCAAAUCAACCCCAUUGAUGUCUCACAUCGUCCAAUAUGAAAGAAGGGAUUACAGGACAAUCCAGAAAGUGAGCCAAUCCUGUGUGUCCUGAAUGACACAGGUGUGCUCUUCUUGCGUGAUAGAUUUUAUUUUGUGAGAACACGGCUCUUGAUUGUAUGGAAGACAGUUCAUGACUGGGCUUAUGCUUAGGCUAACCUAACAGAUCUCUGAUCAAUCAUGUCCGUAGCUGCUGGGGCAGAGAAUCGCCUUGUUUCAAUUCUUUCCAAAUGCACCUUUUCUUUCUAGGGGUAAUGAUUGACAGGAUUUAAAGAGGAUAGAUUAAUAAUUUAUUACCUCACGGAAGGAAGGCAGUGUUGCAUUGCAACAGUGUUGGAACAGGGCCUCCGUCUUUAGUUUCUGGGCCGCUGCUCUCCCGCCUUCCCUCCCUCCCUCCCACCAGCUAGAGCUUGCAGACACUUUACGAAAAUCAACGGCUGCCUUAUGUUUGAAAGUUGAGAAAAAAUAUAUUGAAAACUACAUUAUGGACUUUAAGUGUGACAGAUUUAUUUAUUCCUAUGUGAAAGAAUGUUACAUGGCCGGUUACCAAAUAAAGUAAAUGUGUAAUGUGUGGCCUUGUAGCAGCAUGUUCAGCCCCGUCUCUCUGUAAAUACAACAACAUUUUGCCAGAUAGUCUUUGUUCAAAGGAUCAUGGUGUAUAGAAUAGAGAUAUAUUUUUAAGCUGUCAUCUCUGCAAAUGAACUAAGAGCACUCUCCGAGAGCAGCGAUGUUGGUGUAUAAUAGCCGGCUUCUCUGCUUCUGGAAUCUUUUGUACGCUGAGAGUAGAUGUUACCCGUAGGCACAGAUUUAGGAUCAGUUUAUCUUCUCUAAAUCCCAACAUGAACCAUUAAGGGGAACAACUCAACACUGACCUUAGAUCAGCAUCUAGGAACAACUUCUUUCUUCUACCUUUUGUACACUAGAGGGCAGGGUGGCUGUGUUCUCUGACCAGACAGGCUCCUCCCAUAGGUUGCUAUGAUACUGAAGUUUUCAGAGUCUAAGCCUAUUUUUAUAAACUUUUUGUACAUUUUGUCUUUUAGACUCUGGUUGCAUCUAAAAUGACACAUUGAUUCCCCAUCUAGUACACUAUUUUGGCCAGGCUUGUUAAAAGAAGUGCACUAGAAAGGGGCUAAGGUUUCAAUUCACAUAUGCGGCAUGUGUCUCUGGUCUGCGCAUCAACAGAUGCAGCUGGUGUCUGUCCUGAGGGGUGAAAGUGUGUGUUUUUCUCUCCAGGAGAAGACCCCUCAUAUUGCAGUUUAGCCAUUUCAGUAUUUAUUUCUAUGAAAGAGCUUUUGCAGUUCAGAAUGUAACUUUGUACAAUAUGAAAUAUCACAAUAUAUGUGAGCAACCGACUUGAUUCGGUCUUAGGUAGCAAAAUUUGAAAUAGUGUUUUUUUACAUUGGAUAUUAUUUUGACGAUGAUUGUUAUUGAAAUGAUUGGAAUGGUGAAUACAUGAGUGGUUGAAUUAGAGAGAAACUACUGAGCUAUGCACUACAUCCACAGGGGAAGGUUGAGUGCUCUGGGUAGAAGUUGUCAUUGGGCAGAGAUCUAGGAACAGCUUAUCCUUACAAAAUGCUUCAUUACGGCUAAGGUGAAAUGUGUAAAACAGAUCAGCGCCUAAGAUCAGCUUCUUCCUUCUCUACCCUGGAGGUUGAUGAACAGGUCACAGUCGUGUGUCGUCGUCGCCCCCCCCCCCCCCCAAAAAAAUGUUGCUGUGAUGCAUCACCUUUGUACUGAUACAGCGUCUCAGCCUUAUUCUUUUAGCGUUCAAUUAAACUGACUUUUUUGGGGAAA